GCGUGCGCGGGGCGGAGCCUGGGGCCAGAGCGAGGCUCUAGGUUCCUGUGUCCCGGCUCAGUAACUGUUCGGCGUGGAGAGGGACGGUUCCCUUCUGAGUUAUGGAUUUUGAAAAUCUUUUCUCAAAACCCCCCAAUCCGGCCCUUGGCAAAAAAACGGCCGCCGACUCUGAAGAAAGAACUGAUGAAGUAGAUGGUGCUGAAGUUGAAACACAGACAGAGAAAGUAAAAUGGAAAGCAAAGCGAAACAGUGAACAGAUUCCCAAGAAAUUUAAGCACCUGGGAACCUCUACAGCAUCACCAAAAGGUUUGCCAUGUAAAAAAUCAAGAAGUAAGGACUAUGACCCAUACAGUGACAGUGAGACCUGUACUCCGGAACCAGAAGAUAAUUUUGACAAAGAGCUUCAACAGUACAUCCAAGCCAAGGAAAUGGCAAAUGCUGCUCAACUCACACUACUGCCUGGAGAAUCUGUGAAAAAAGAGGGAGCGGCAGGCACCCAGCAGACUGCCAAACAAAAAAAUAAGAACUCUAAAGCUGGUCACAAGAAAUUUAAACAGAAGAAAAGGAAGCGCAAGUGGCCCGGCACUGGAAACAAAGGGUCAAGUGUCUCGCUGAAGAACAGUGGCUCCCAAGAAAAGGCUGGUGAGCCUGAAGAGAAGCAGCCGCGUGUCAGGAUGAGUCAAGGCUUCAUCAAUCAGCACACAGUGGAACGUAAGGGGAAGCAAGUGUGCAAAUACUUUCUUGAAAGGAAAUGCAUUAAGGGGGACCAGUGUAAGUUUGAUCAUGAUGCGGAGAUAGAGAAGAAGAAGGAGAUGUGUAAGUAUUAUGUACAAGGGUAUUGCACCAAAGGCGAGAACUGCCUGUAUUUGCAUAAUGAAUACCCUUGCAAGUUUUAUCACACAGGAACAAAAUGUUAUCAGGGCGAUCACUGUAAUUUUUCUCAUGCCCCACUGACUGCAGAAACACAGGAACUGUUGGCUAGAGUUUUGAAUUCUGAAAGGAAGUCAUGUAAAUAGACUGAGAAGCUUCUAUAGAGGACAAAUCUAUUCCUGUUCAGGACUUUUGAAGACUGGCCAUUUGGAAUAGUUCGAAGGUCCCUCAGUUAACGCAUCUUCCUGUGUGGUUGUGAUCGUGUGCAGCUCCCAGAUCUAGUGCUCAAGUGAAGGGUGGCUCUGUACUGGGAAGACGGGAGAGGAGCACAUGCGUGCUAGCUGCGGUGGAUGCUGUGCUGAGCUAGGUCCUGGUCGAGACUGCCGAGAACAAGCUAGGCAGAGGAUGGGAGAAGUGAGGAUGGGAAGUAUAGGGAGGAUGACGGUGGAGAAUGCCAGGGGACAGUGGGUGAUAAGUUACAUCUCUACGAGUCAUUAAAUACUUUGCACAAUGUUUUUUUAACAAUAAUUCGGAGUUCCAUUUUAUGGUUUAGCAUAGAAUGUGUUUCUGUUAUCUUUUUAAAAACAAUUUUCUGAUGGAUAUUUGUUUCUAAUUAUUUCUGUUAUAAAUAAAGUGGGAUAAUAUAAUA